CCGCCGGGACGUGGAGGAGGGGCCCGUGCGAGGCCGAGGCUGGGCCCGGCCCUGAGGGGAAAAAGCUUAACUGUGAAGAUGAUAGAUCCACUAGCAAACAACUUGUUUGAUCUUCCUGAGUAUGAUGAUACAGAAGAUGAAACAUUUCCACCUCUUCCACCUCCUUCCUCCCCAGGGAGAGAUGAUGUUGAAGGAGCCCUCACCAAUGAAGAGCAAGAUGGAAAUAAACCAUCUCAAACGAAGGAUUCUACUGUGUCUACACAGAAAGCAAUUAAAAGGCCGAUACCUAAAUUAGAUGCUCAAAGGUUAAUUUCAGAGAGAGGACUUCCAGCCUUGCGACAUGUAUUUGAUAAUGCAAAAUUUAAGGGUAAAGGACAUGAGACAGAGGACUUGAAGACACUUUUAAGACACAUGGAACACUGGGCUCAUAGGCUGUUUCCGAAACUGCAGUUUGAUGAUUUCAUGGAGAGAGUAGAGUCUUUGGGAAAUAAAAAGGAAGUUCAAACCUGCUUAAAGCGAAUUAGACUUGAUCUUCCAAUUUUACAUGAAGAUUUUACAAGUAAUGAAGGCAUUGGAGGGGGAAAUAAUGGGCUCAAAAUGUCUCUUGAAGAAGAAUUCGACCCCUUUUCUCAAAAUGUGAAGGAAGAAUUUGAUUCUCACUCAAGUACUGCCCUAACAGAGGAGCAACAGCGAAGAAUUGAGAGGAACCGGCAACUAGCCUUGGAAAGAAGACAGGCAAAGAUGCAAUUUAACAGUCAGUCACAAGAAAAUGAUCUGUCUGCCACCCAGCCAAAUGAAGAAUUUAAGACAAUUGAGGCUCAGGAUCCAGAUGACCUGACAGAAGUAGAAAUUCAAGCUGCUGAAGCCGAAGUUGCUGAUAUUGAAGCUGUGGACAAAGAUAUACAACUUAAAUGUGCAGAAGAAAUCAAAUAACCUUUCUAAAACAUCAUUGUAUCCAGACAGAAAGACCCAGAUAUCUUAAUGUGCUCAAGUGUCAUUGACUUCUCUUCAACCCCCCC